AGUUUGACACACAUACUUGUUAAGCUUAUCAUUACAGUUUCUGAACUAGUUGAGUUCUCAUAUUAAAUUCUGUAUCUUCAACCAUGGUUCAUGAAGAGAUGAAGAAGAAUCUGGUUGAUCAAGUAUCUUGUUGGCUCAAGAUCUUCGACGAUGGCUCAACAGAUCGUACCUGGAUGGGGCCUCCCGAGUUUGAAUUCGUCGCAAAGCCUGUUCCUGCUCAUGAAGAAUUCAUUGACGGUGUUGCUACCCGCGAUGUGGCCGUAGACGAAGUUUCUGGUCUGUCUGUUAGAAUCUACAUCCCGGAGGGCAUAUCCAUGGACGGGCCAAAACUACCUGUUUUACUUCACUUUCACGGUGGUGGCUUUUGUAUAAGCCAGGCUGAUUGGUACAUGUACUACCAGGUAUACACACAACUUGUCAGAUCGGCUCAAGCCAUAUGUGUAUCAGUAAGGUUGAGAUUAGCACCCGAACAUCGGCUUCCUGCUGCAUGUGACGAUGGGUACUCUGCGCUUUGCUGGCUUCGGUCUGUAGCUCAAGCCAAGUUUUCUGAGCCAUGGCUUGACGCUCAUGCGGAUUUUAACCGAGUCUUUCUCAUUGGAGAUAGUUCUGGUGGAAAUCUAGUGCACGAGGUAGCUGCAAGGGCGGGUUCUGAAAAGUUGGACCCGGUAAGAUUAGCUGGUGGUGUGCUUCUGCACCCGGGGUUUGCCAAAGCUGAAUGGACCAAGUCUGAAUUGAAGAAAGAAAACGAAUCUCCAUUUCUAUCUCUGGAGAUGGUUGAUAAGUUCCUUGCUCUGGCACUCCCAAUCGGUAGCACUAAGGACCAUCCCAUAACUUAUCCUAUGGGACCUAAUGCUCCGCCAUUGGAUGAGUUGAAGCUUCCUCCAUUUCUUGUUGCUUUAGCUGAACUAGACCUGAUUCUAGAUCCAGAGUUAGAAUACAUUGAGGCGUUAAAGAAAGCAGGUAAAGAUGUGGAAAUUUUUAAUAGUUGUGGUGUAGGUCAUUGCUUUCACCUCAACAAGGUUCCUGUGGAGAUGGAUCCACAAAAUGUUGCGCAGAGAGAACUGUUGAUUGCAGCAGUUACCGAUUUUAUCAAGCGACAUUAAGAAGUGUUGUGCGCUGUCUGUACUGUCCUGCAGCUUCCCCACCAUUUAUAACUUGUUUUCAUCUCCUUAAGCGUGUUGACUGUGCUUUGCUGUUGAAUAUAGUUUAUUUUCUCUCUAUUGAUUGUGUACUAAGUUGACAGAUCUUUGUUAUUAGUCUCCAUAUGGACUUGUUGAAAUAUCAAUUGCAAUUGCAGAAAAAGGGAUAGUCAGGUUGCGUAGGCCAGCAUUCCAAAUUUACAGUACAUUAUUCAACCAAUAAUGUACCAAUUGUACCAGAAACCAUUAGUGGUAGUUGAACCAUAUUUCUUCU